ACCGUGGUCCUUGGGUAUCAUUCUUCCACGUUCCUCUGGUGUUUGGUCAGUCAUUAGACUGGUCGAUACGUAGGUAAAGCCUUCGGAGACGAAUAUAAACCGACGGUAUAACAACCAGAGAACGGUCCUGCCAUUAGUCGUUGCUGAGGGAGAGAGAAGAAGACGAAGAUGGAGGAUGACACGAGUAGUAUAAAUGUGAGCGGAUUGCAAUUCGCAUACGAUGGACAACCCUCGCUCUUCUAUGAUUUCAACCUCCACAUCUCUCCUGGAUCUCGAUGCCUCCUUGUCGGCGCCAAUGGAUCUGGGAAGACCACUUUGCUGAAGAUCUUAGCAGGAAAGAACAUGGUAGGCGGACGAGAUGUCGUGCGGGUGCUGAAUUGUUCUGCUUUUCAUGAUACACACUUGGUUUGUAGUGGUGACUUGUCGUAUUUGGGAGGCUCUUGGAGUAAAACUGUUGGUUCCGCUGGAGAGGUUCCGCUCCAAGGAGACUUCUCUGCUGAGCAUAUGAUUUUUGGAGUUGAAGGGGCUGAUCCUGUUAGAAGAGAGAAAUUGAUACAAUUGCUCGAUAUUGAUCUAGAGUGGCGGAUGCACAAGGUUUCUGAUGGACAGCGGCGUCGAGUCCAAAUCUGCAUGGGUCUCCUUCAUCCUUUUAAGGUCCUAUUGCUGGAUGAAGUUACUGUUGACCUAGACGUUGUUGCUAGGAUGGAUUUACUGGACUUCUUUAAGGAAGAAUGUGAGCAGAGAGGAGCUACAAUUGUCUAUGCAACCCAUAUUUUUGAUGGAUUGGAGACGUGGGCGACAGAUCUGGCCUACAUCCAAGAUGGUGAGUUAAAGAGGACAGAUAAGUUAUCUGAGCUUCCUGAGUUGCAGAAGUCCUCCAAUUUGCUUUCAGUUGUUGAAUCCUGGCUGCGUUCUGAAACCAAAAUAGACAAAAAGAGACCGAUUACUCAAGCGCAAAUUCAGAAGACCUCUCCAUUUGAUACUUCUCCUUUCAGGUCCUCCAGACACAUGGCAUACUAUCGUUAAUCUAGCUCAAAUUGGUUAUUUUUAGCUGAAAAAUUCAUGGCAUACUCAAUCAAUAACGAGCAAGAAAAAAAAGGGAUAUAAGAAGAUAAAGUUCCCGGCUUCUUAAAAGGUCAGUUAGGUUGCCCUCUUUUCAACAAGAUUGUGCAGAAAAGAUGUUGGGACUCAUUGCCUGCUUUUGUAGUGAGUUAUUGUAUCUUGAAGCUCCACAGAUUUGCCCCUGGCAUAGAUGUUUAAUUCAUUUCUGAAUAUUGCAUUAGCUGGUAAAUUGUUGUGGUGUUCGGUUUCAUAUAUUUGUUAUUCAUCAGAAAUUUCAUCGAAUUGUGAAACGCUUCCUUUGUUCCUUUUGCUUUGAUUAGUAUAUUUCCC